GUAUGUAAAAAAAACCAAGCAUUUUUUGUGCAAAGAAAAGUUGAUGCUGCACGGUUUAAAGUGGUUUGUUAAUUUCUAAAUUGAUAAACGUUACUGAGAUAAAUUGUAUCUUAAGUUUGUUUGUGUUGUGUUUUGAUAGAAAAUAAAACAUGUCAAAUCCAAGUACAGUGGGAUUGGCAUUAUAAUUUUCCUUUAACUUUAUUCCCAGACCUUGUGUAUCCUGUUUAUUAUGCUUCCAUAAAAAGAGAUAUUUACGAAACAAGAAAUGUUUAUGGUAUAAAAAUGGAUUCCGGAACUGAUUGGUUAUGUGAAAUUUUACAAAAUGUACAACUUGAACAAUUUUAUUUACCAAUCCGAGAUCAACUACAAAUCACUAGGCUUGCUCAUUUUGAUUAUGUCCACACUGAGGAUCUAGAACGAAUUGGUGUAAGCAAACCUGGUAUUCGUAGACUACUAGAUGCAGUACGAAAAAAGAAAUUGCAAUUAUGGAAUAGGAAAUUUUGGAAUAAACUCUUUGGCUCUUCAGGUUCAGUUUCAAAAGAAAAGACAGAGAAUACAUUAAGACCUCAACCACAGACUGAAGCUAGAACUACAUGCAUUAUAUUAGAAAAGGACAUUGUAUUACACAAUGAGUUAGGAAAAGGAUCAUUUGGCGUAGUACGCAGAGGUGAAUGGAAAGUGUCAGAACUAAAUCAAACCAUAGCCGUAGCAGUUAAAGUCUUAAAGGCAGAUGCAUUUACACAGCCAGGAAUAUAUGAUGAUUUCAGAAGAGAAGUAGAGGCUAUGCACAGCUUAAAACACCCUAAUCUCAUAAAGUUACAUGGUGUAGUCUUUCAUCCAUUGAUGAUGGUCUGUGAAUUAGCUACUAUGGGUGCUUUGCUUGAUUAUAUUAGAGCUCAAAAUGGAAAAGUGUCGUUGAACUACAUAUCAAAAUGGUCGGGACAAGUUGCGGCCGGCAUGGCUUAUUUGGAGAAAUGCAGAUUUCUACACAGAGAUCUUGCGUGUAGAAAUAUUUUAUUGUCUAGUUUAGAUCUGGUUAAAAUAGGUGAUUUUGGUUUGAUGCGAGCAUUGCCAGAUGCAGAUGAUUGCUACGUGAUGAGUGAGAGACGGCGUGUGCCAUUUCCGUGGUGUGCGCCGGAGUCUUUAAGGUCGCGGCAAUUCUCACAUGCAUCGGAUGUAUGGAUGUUUGCGGUUGCAUUGUGGGAAAUGUAUACUUUUGGGGAUGAACCUUGGAUAGGACUAAAUGGUUCGGAGAUAUUGCGUCUGAUAAUGCGCGAAGGACAGCGUUUGUCGGCUCCCGUGGCCUGCCCACCAGACGUCUAUAUGCUGAUGAUGCAAUGCUGGGACCUAAACCCAAAAGAAAGACCAACAUUCUCCGGCAUAUUACAGUAUAUGGACGUGAAUAAGUUCGAAACUGCUCUUGCUGAUCUUAGCUACAGAAAGCAAGGUCAGAUGACAAUAGAGGCUGGCGACGCCAUUAUUCUGAUUGAUAAACGUGUCGAGUUACAUUGGUGGAAGGGGCAGAAUCAGCGCACACUAGAAAUUGGAUUAUUUCCUAGUACUAUCGUAACAGUAUCGAGAAAUAAGAAUGUACAAGCUGUCAAGAAAGCACAAACAUUGUCGCCGAGCAGACGAAACUCUACCAACACCUCUCCACCCGUGACGGCAGACGAAUCAGUGAUCCUGCGCAAGCGCAGAACGAUAGAAUCGACUCAACCGACGACAACACGAGCCGGGAACAAUGCGAGCAAACACUUCAACUAUAAUAAACUUACGAAUGAUAGGACAUUACACAAUGAAAGGAUUGCGAGGGCAGCCAGAGAUAGCCAGGCGAAGAGCCUGAGUCAAGUGAAGGAAGACCUCCUCAUUGACUUAGACCUUCCGCCGGUGACAGGUGGCGCCACUAAACCAGCCAAUCAGAAUCUCUCGUUACUUGAUGAACCCAUUGAUGUACCUGAAGUUGGACAAGAAGCGGACUGGGGACAGCAAAGUAUAGAAAGCCUACCCACAUAUUCAUCAAAUGUCCAAACCCAACCGAAUCUAUUUGGUGCUAAAUCUUUAGACAAUCUCAAUUUUUCCACCCCUAGUACAUCUAUACGAAACGACCCAUUCGACACUUCACAAUUCUCAAUAUCCAGACCUUACGAUACUCGACCGAAUUAUGAUAUUAAUAGCGAUACUCAAGAAUCUCAAACCUAUCCCAACCUAAAUUAUAAUAACGCCGUCUCCACACAUACAAAUCCCAAUUCGGAUUUAAGUGUAACGAAUUCUUUGGCCCAAAUCUCAUUAGACGAUAGGAUAUCGGACUCUCUGAAUCUCAGAUCGAAAAACACGAAUCUACACAGCGGUCCCUCGACCUCCGACGAUUUUCCAGUGUACAAUAACUUCGAUAUCAACCCGGAGUUCGCGUUGGAGACCUUCGACUAUUACUCGAAAUCGAAUAAUCAAAGCGCAAAUUACGAAAAGAACAUAUACGUGCCGAAUGAUGAGAGCGAGAAAUUGAGGAAUUUCAGCGAACAGCUGGAGAAUUCGAAGAAUUAUUCGGCUUUUAAGUAUCAGAAUGAUUUGGGGUACGGGUACGGUGCGUCGACGUCUCGAAGGGGUUACGACGAAGUGAGCGAUAACGUGUAUAGUGAAAUCGAGAGUCGGUACUACGCGCCGACGUACACGAACGCGUGCUUGUACGACGAAGUGUAUGAACCGACGCCCAGACCGCAUCGACCCGCGCCGCCUUGCCCUUCCAAACCGAAAUGAUCUGGUAUUUUUUUUUAUUAUUAGUACGUCCUGAGGUCACAGAAGUGCUAUAUUAAAUGUAUAGUUCGACAGUAUCGUCUUGGUACUUGAAAAAAAUCUUUUUGUUAGUUCGCUAUCGUUUUUCUUUUUAUACUAACUUUUAUGUUUGACUUCUGUUUUCAAUUACCCUGUCUGCAGUGUCGCAUCUGUUUUUUACUGAAUUAUUUUAUGAUCUUUACUCAAGUUCAAGCUACUGUGUGGUGCUUCAAAUCUUUUCUGCUUGUGUCUAACGGAAAAAGAUUAACUUGUCUCUGGACUAAAGAUCUUGUAUGUUUCUGAAUGAUCUUAUGGAUUACGUAAUAAUGAAUAGAAAGCAAAGGUAGUUUAAAUAAAGGAUGUUAGUAAAACUACAUGGUA